GGGAGGUGGCGUUUCCUGCACGGGGUCCGUCGCACGCAGCGAUGCCCGCGGAGCCCUUGGUCUGCGCUGAUACGGCCACGCGGGUGAGCUCGGUGCUGAACCGCGACGUGAAGCAGUUCGGGAAGAAGCACAUGUUUGACGGCAACGAGGAGACGUGCUGGAACUCGGACCAGGGCUCGUGCCAAUGGGUCACCCUGGAUUUCCCCCACACCGUCAGAGUCUCACAGCUCCACAUUCAGUUCCAGGGGGGGUUCUCCAGCCGGCUGUGCACGCUGGAAGGCUGCAGAACAGGUGAAGAACUGGUGAAAAUAUCCAACCUGUACCCCGAGGACAUCAAUGCCAUGCAGAGAUUCCAGGUGGAGGAGACAGCGCUGGAUACGUUGAAGAUCACCUUUGAGAACAGCACUGACUUCUUUGGACGCAUUGUGGUGUACCACCUCCAGGUGCUGGGGGAGAGGCUGUAGGGCAGCAGUUGCUCACCCAUCACCUGCAUUCCCCUGUGGGGGAGCUGCUCACGUGGGGAAAUGGGACAGCAAGCCCCACCAGCAGUGAUUUGCCACCCCCAGCUGUACCCAAAGCGCUGAUGGAGCGGGGAACUCCACCCCAUGGGAUGGCAGAGCAGGAGGGACGCUCGUGCAGAGCACUAUGUGCUGGAAUUGUAAGCCACCUUUGCUGUGUUUUGGUGGGAUGCAGCCUGUGCAGAUGGCUGAAUAAAUGCUGGUGUCCCACAGCUCCUUCCCAACUGCUUUCAACAAACGACGCUCCAGGACUGAGCAGCUCUGUGUGUCCUGGACUCAGUGCUGUCAGAAUGGUGCUGUAUGGCUUGGGUGUGGGUGAGGAGGAGAAGCUGCCCCCUCCCUGGCUCUGGUGCUGGCUGUUUCUUGCCUUCUUUAGCCACCCCUGAACAUAGAGCAGCUGUUUGCAGACUUGCAGGGCUCUGGCUCAGCUGCUGGCUGAGGCCCUGCCGUGUUGCUGGCUGGCAGGGAGAUGCUUCCUGCUGCUUUUUGCUUAAGCCCUUGGAUAUUUCUCUGGCUGGUUAUAGUGCUGCAUGCAGGGAGGUCUUGGCAAGCUUAUGGGCAUAAGAGCGAGCCACGCUCUUCAAAGAGACAGCUCAAAUUUAGGGGCAGUAGGAGGGUGCCAGCCUUCAAGAGUUGAUUGGCCCAGUUUCCCUUCACAGUUCCUAGGCAGCUGGUGCUGGGAUUGAGGGCUGGCUGCUGUGACAGACCAGGGGGAUGCAAUUGAGGCAGCAAACAGGGCUCCACGUUGCUGCUUCAGAGUUUAUUUCCAAAAAUGCAAUACCUGAAUGCACGCACAAAGCAGCUGAGCCUGGACAGAGCAGAAAUGCAGCUGUCCUGAGGAGUGAGUGUCCCUAGGUGCAAGGCAUUGAGGCCGUGCCACCUUCCAGGAGUGGCAGAAAUCUGCUGCAGUUCACAGCUCCCUCCUUGUGCUCCUUGCAAGAAGCUUCUUCCUGCUGCCCAUUUUGGGACCGCUGGGUCAGACCACGUUGGUCCCUGAGGAGAGCCCUGCGUCGGCCCAGAGAAGCGCAGUGCAGCAUGAGCUGCUGUGUCACUCCAGCCCCUUGUUCUGAAAUAGCUUGAGGAUGUGGCUUUCAAUAACCUGUUGGACUGAUGAAGGGGGAAAGAGGAGAAAUGAAAGCCAGAGAAGCCAGGGCUGUUAGAAGGCAGUAUCUGCAGGCAGGACCUAGUCUCUAUGUGGUUUCUGAUUUCUAGCAGGAAGGUGGAAAUGCUGAUCUCCUCUGUCCCAGCCCUGCUGCCAGCACAGCACUGGUUUGGAGGGGGAAUAAGGGAAUAGGAUCCAUUUUGAUUUCUCUGGCUUAAUUUCUCUGCAUGGCAAAGUCAAAAAGCUGUGCUGGAAGGUCAAAAAAAAAAAAGCCCCGAGCAAGGUUGGGAGCUGGGAAUUCCCUGAAGGCUUUUCAGGGAGGAGAGAUGAGGCUCCGUGCCAAGCAUGGAGGGGACACUUGCCUUUCUUGUGUCCCAGAGCCACAGCCAGAUCCAUCGGGGUGUAGCCAGAAUCUGCUUCUGUCGUCAGGUCAGCACCACGAGCUGCAAGCAGGCAGUGCAAAUCAGGGCACAGCGCUCCCACGGCGUCCCCUCCAGAGGUGGCACAGGGUGAAGAGACCCCAAAAAAGUGCCCAUCCUGGCUGGGCAAUGCCCUGUGACACCCCCAGGCUGCUCAGUCUCUCCCCCCAGGCAUGUCACGCUCUGUCCCCAAGGUGGUUACCAACAAGCAGUGAUUUUCAAGGCCAAGGAGUUCAAGCACAGAUCUUCCCCUUUACCUAGAAGGGCCUCGACACACUUGACGUGGUUGCCACGCACGGCGUAGAGCAGAGGAGUACCACCAUUCUGCAGGGAAAGGGAAGGGGCUGUGUCAUUGCUGGCCUCGCGUGGGGCUGUGCUCAUGCAGCUCCUGCUCCUCCUGGAGCAGUCAGGCCCUUUCUGCCCUUUUUGUUUGCCCUCUCCCAGCUCCAAACUGGGUGUUUUGCUGCAGCGUGGCCCUGCACAGGUUUUAUUCUCUGUAUGCCGUAAAAUAAUUUCAAAGGCAGCCUUCAUUUCUGAGUGCAAUUUCCUACAGGCUCAUAACAUCACCGGUGUGAGCAGCUGAGGAAACAAUUUAAAACUAUUAUCCAGAUUAAUUUCUCAAAACAACUGCACGAGCAAAUAAAUGAGCGCUGCGAGCCUGGGAAGCAGCAAGGAGGAACACGUGGCUGCUAACAGCACAGA